CUGACUGAUGGACGUGAUCUGCAGUGAUACCACUUUGGGAUUAUAGCAAUUUUCUAUAUCAACAGGAGAAAAGUGAAUCGAAAAGGAGGACAAACUUGCAGGACUAACUAGCUGCUACGGAUUGACUGGAGGAUUAAAGGCAGAGGGGAGAGAAGGAAGGCAGAACGGAUAAACCAAACACAAUUUGAAGAGAUCAAUUUGAACAACUGAAUAGACUUUUGUUUCUGUCCAUCUGCUGCCAGGCUCCAGACCUGAGUUUGCGGUGCACGCCAACACAGAGUCAUUUUCUCAGCAUCAGGCAGUUGACCGCUGAAGUCGCCGCCGUAGGGGAGAUUGGCGAUGAUCCGCUUUCGGCUUUGCCAGAAGUGUCAGGGCCUUUGCCGUUAGAGCUCAUUGUGCUUGCAGUGCAACAGAGAGUGAGAGGGAGCGGGCAGUGUGUAGUAAUCUGAGGAUGACACCCGCACUUUAUUCCAUCAGAUAGUGCUCAGUGAGGUGUAUGGUGCAGCUUGUCUCACUUUGUCUUUGCACUACAAACACAUUCAUACAUAUUAAACACACAUACUUACACAUACAAGCACACAGGAGCUACACAGAGGUUGAUGAUGCAUUAGGUCCUGACAAUCAGUGGACCUCUGCCCGAACAUUGAACACAGCAGCAUUUCAGAACGGUGUGUAUGAGUGAGUGUGUAUCUGGAGGGAAACCAGGGGCUGACUGCACCCAGUGUAGCAUGUUGAAAAGGGAGAGUUAGGCCAGUCGAUGCUGCACGAUUACACUGUCUGAUAGCCUGUGAUUAUUCUGUGGAGUCUGAAAUUACCAUGUAAAAAUCACUGUCCAUUUACGCAACAGUGUAUACAUGGUAGCGUAUCAAAAGAGUGCUAGCAUUCAAGGGAAUAAUGGUAGCUACCCUGUGGGAAUAAUGUGCAAGUCUCUGGGGUAAAAUAGCAGACCAAAAAAGUGUAAUCUGAAACUCUGACUUCAGUCUGCUCAACAUUGUACAAGUUGUUUUUUCCACACAGGGCAAGCACUUCCACUUUCUUUCUUUAUAGUGCACCACUCCAGUUCAAUGGAUUUUAUUUAACCUUAGCUAUCUCCUGAUGAGUUGCAAGAUAGUGUCUCCACCUCUCCAGAGACCAGGCUGGUUGGGUUGUAGCUCAAAGGAACAUUGACUCAUGUAUGCCGAUUUGUGUGGUGUGGAGUGCAAGAAACCUUGUUUGACUCAUUAAAAUACAAUCUGUUGUAGAACGAGCAUUGUUGCCCUAGAUUUUGAUGAUCUCGAGGGCACAGAAAUGUAGGUAGCUCUAUUUUUAAAAGUAAGCAUUCAAUCAACAUCAGUAGAGAUAAACUUGACUUGCUUUGGAAUACUGUUUCUCAGUCUCCAUGUGACUAAAAUAUAGUAUUAUUGACAUUCUCUGGUCCUUGGAGCAGUGAAGUAUGACCUACAGGAGACAAGCAGUUGGUUGUUGUGGUUACAUUUUUGGCUGAUAGGGAGCCUGGUCCUCAGAGCUAGCUUAGCUUUAAGUUGGCACUACAGUGUACAGUGGGGGAUGAGCUAAUUAAGUUGACCCUAGUUUGGCUAAUUGCACAGCUGCCAUUACUAAAAAGCCUUGCUGGUAAAGAACACAACAGUGUAGGUCUCCUUUGGUCACUUUUGGUAUUGGUUUUUCUGCUUUAUUGAUCUAAGAAGCUUGGGUUUUGGUCUCAGGAGGCUUGGAGCACUGUAGUAGAAAAUAGCUAGCCUAGCAGUGUUUGCUUUGUUGUUGUUGUGCUUAGAUGGGACUGGGCUCCUGUUCUUCUUUGUAGCAGCAAGGCCUUUACACUGUAUGGAUUUAAGACAAACACAUUUUGUUAGUUCUUUCUUAGCAGCACUGGGGGCAAAAGUCGACACUUGAACUUUUUUGUUGCCAAAAGCUUAUCUCUGUGUGCAUUGUGAUUUGAAUUUCUAGUUCUUUUAGCACCUUGAGCUCUGGCCAAACUUCAGUGUAUUGCGUGCAAGCCGUGGCCAUAAUUCAGUCCUUUGUGAUUUAGCAGCUCCAACAGUUUCUUUUGCAUGCAUUGUGAUGCAGUGUAGCACAUAAGUGUCCUUUCUAAGUCUUGUCCUCAAACAACAACUUCUGUCUGAUUGCUCUAAAGCAUAGCUGGGCUGUUAGCGUGCACGUGUCUGCAGCAUUGCAGGGGAGGAACAGAUCAGAGUGUGUGUGUUUGUGUGUUGACUCGAUUUUUUUCUGUAGCAGUGCAAGCUAGGUCACAGAGGAGCCAUUGAUCAAACGUGCACAUCUAAACACACACACACAUACACAAAUACCCACACACACAGCUUCUCAAUACACAAUGAGGCCUGUCCGGAGCUGUGUCCUCUGCCGCCUCCUCCCUGCCCCCUUCUCUCUAGCCCUGCGCAGCCUAGUCCUGGUCCUCCUCUGCAUCACUCCUCGUUGUCAGGCGGUGCAGGCCGAGAAUGUGACAGUCUUGGAGGGCGGUACGGCCCAGAUCUCCUGCCGCCUGCAGAACUACGAUGGAUCAAUCGUGGUCAUCCAGAAUCCCCGCCGGCAGACCCUCUUCUUUAACGGCACGCGAGCCCUGAAGGACGACCGUUUCCAGAUGGUGCUCUUCACGCAGCGGCUGGUGCGCAUCGAGUUGACCAACGUCAGCGUGUCGGACGAGGGCGGUUACUUCUGCCAGCUCUACACUGACGCCACCCACCAUCAGGUGGCGACGCUCUCUGUUUCAGUUCCCCCUGAGAUACCUACUGUGGAGGUGAAGCAGGAGGCCGUGGAGGGAGGGGAGGUGGAGCUCACCUGUGUGUCGCCGCGCAGCAAGCCGGCCGCCACCCUGCGCUGGAUUCGCAACGCCCGAGAGAUUCCAGGUGUGAUGUCCCAGCAGGACAAUGGGAAGACGUUCAGCGUGUCCAGCACCAUCCGGAUCCCAGUAGAAAGGAAAGACAACGGGGCAGCGCUGAGCUGCGAGGCGUUCCACCCGGCGCUGGGCGGGCAGAAGAGGAUUCGACACUACCGCCUGGAUGUGUAUUUUGCACCCACAGUGAGAAUUGUUCCUCCUACGGGAAUUCUGCGAGAGGGCGACUCGCUUAGCCUCACCUGCUCCGUGACUGGGAACCCCCUGCCGAGAAACAUCCAGUGGUCAAAGAUUAACGACACCUUACCUGAGAGGGCGGAGAUUUCUGGCCCCACCUUCCAGAUCUCCCGCCUCAGCCAAUCACACAACGGGACAUACCUGUGCCAGGCCCAGAACAACUACGGACGCGCUGCUGAUCAUUACACCUUAUUGGUGUAUGAUAAUGUGUCAGUCACUACCACGGUCCCUCCCACUCCUACCACCCAACCAAUCACCUCCCAUCCUGCCACCCCAACCCUCCUAAUACCCAGAGUCGCCCCGGACCCCAAAGAUCCUGGUGCAGUUGUGGAGACUCACAGCGCAGUACCGUAUGCAGUGAUAGGUGGUGUUCUGGCACUGCUGGUGUUCACCGUCAUCUGCGUCCUCAUUGUCACCAUCUGGUGCUCUGUCCGGCAGAAAGGCUCGUACCGUACUCGAGAGCCUAUUCUUGCUUGGUAUUGACCUAACAAUCAGUUAACUAAUGAAUUAAUCAGUCACAGGUUCCUAUCUUACCCAUGAGGCCAGUGGGUUGGAUGAACACGGCGAGGUGCAGGAGGCCUUCCUCAACGGGAACGACGCCAGCCAGGGCAAGAAGGAGUACCUACUGUAGCCCUUCUCCGUCCUUUACCCCCCCCUCCCCUCCUCUCUCUCUCUCUCUUCUGACCUCAUCCCCUAGAUCUCUCCUUGUCCCUGUCUCCCACCUUAUAUACAGUAUACACACACACACACACACACACACACACACACACACACACACACACACACACACACACACACACACACACACACACAUGAACAUACACCUCUACACAAUGCGCCAGAACAGGCGGCCUUUCUGAAAACGACUGUAUACAGAUACUGCACACAGCCAAUCCAAUCCACCAAUCCAUUUCACUUAAUAUCCUCCACACACACACACACACACACACACACACACACACACACACACACACACCCACAGACUGAGUAAAAGAGAGCCUAUAGACCCACCAGCCAUUAACGACUGUGCCAUAUAUACUGUUAGUCGGACAAACUGGGAAACGGGAGAGCAGGGAGGUAGGAGGGGAGGGCAAGGUAAAUGCAGACACAUACAACAACAACAACAACAAUAACAACAACAAAAAAACACAUAAAAAUGACGCCAUAAUUAUUUUUGAAGCGGGGGAAGCACAAAGAAAACAGGCACUCUGCUUGUGCAGCCGCCAAAGUGGAAGGGGAAUUAGAGGCAGAUGACUGCUAUAAUUCCACGCCUGGAGAAAACCAUCCAUUGCACAAAGCUCAAUCUUUAACAGGCGCAUGCAGAGGCAGCAGCGUGCGAGGGAAGGAGGGAGGGGGAGCUGAUGAGUUGACCAGGAGCUAUUGGGCGCUAGAUGCUAGAAAAUUGAAAUAUUUUCAGAAUUGCCAAAGCAUCUUCCCCACAGAGCAGAACUUAUAUUUAGUUCUUUACCAACACAGGGGCGUGUAAAUGUGAAGUCCAGAGGAGUUUUUAACUUUUUAUGGACUAACUGAAUGUCCUGUUUUGCUAAGCAUCCUUUUUCCUGCCAAUAGAAGAAAAAUCAGCUUUCUUCCCUCUAGGUGCAAAAGCUGCAUAAAAGUUUGCUCUCCUAUCUUUUAAUUGGCCCUCCUCUCUCCCCGCUCACCUGUUACCAUCCUUUCCCCUCUCCCCUAUACCUCUCUUUCUCUCCGUCUUUCCCCCUCCCUCUCUCCAUGGCUCCUCCUUUUGUUGGCCCUGAAUAAUGAAAGGAUUAGUGUUGGGCUGCGUUCCUGACAAAGGAGAAAUGAAUACGACUUGCCAAGGCAUUAAAGAAAAGCUUAAUUAUUUUAGAAUGUCAUUAAGAGGAUCAAAAGGUUUAAAAAGUCUUCAUAAGAAGGGCAAAGGGAGUGAUAGCGGAAAAAAAGGGAGCGAGUGAGAGAAUAAAACGGACGGACACUUUUUUUUCCUAAAGCCACCACACACAUGCAGAUACAUGCACACAUCCAUACGUACAGUCAACAUGUCGACAGAACAAGUAUACAUAUCUCUGAAGUCCUUAUUUGUAUAAAAAAUGAACAGUGACAUAAAUUAAAGGAAACUUUUAAAGAAAUAUGAGAACAGUUUACUAUUGAAACACAUUAUGAAACAACUAUACUAACACAGAAUAUUAGCCUAUAGAGGCGCAAAGCCGAACAAACUACUGUCCAGUGAUCUUUAAAGAAAAAUAAAGAAAAGAAUAAAAAAAAAAAUCAUUUGUCUUUAUGAGAAACCAGAGGUCUUAUUGAUUUUUUAAAAUAAUUAUUGUUAUUAUUUGAACAAUUAUGAUUGUUGUUAAUGUUAUUAUUAUUAUUAUUGCCGUUGUUAUUAUUAAAAUUGUAAAUGUUAAAGAAAUGUACACUUUCUAUGGUUUUGUUUUUUGGUUCUACUGUAGAGAAAUUGCUGUCUUUUUUCACUCUUACCUUUCCUCUCUCUCUCUCUCUCUCUCUCUCUCUCUCUCUGUCUCUCUCUCUCUUCGUCUCCUGUGCCUAGUCGUCUCUUCUCCUGUCUUUCACUCUUGUUUAUUUUAGUCCAUGUGUCAUUGUUGAUAUAUAGCUAACUAUUUCUUUAUAGGGGAAAGAUACAAAGCACGACAAAAUAAAAAAGAUCCAAAAAUAA